AUGGAAACUGAAACUCCAAUGGAUGUUGAAACAAAAUCAACAACAAGCAACACCAAUGACAAUAAUAAUAAUACCACAAUUGUCAAAACCACUUCAAAUAUUAUUAAAGAAGGUGAUCAUGUCAUUUUAGAUAUAAAUAAUGGUGAAAAGUUCUCUGUAAUUAAAGUAAAAUUAGGAAGUAAGGUUAAAAUUGGUAAAAAACAAAUUUUAAUAAAUUCAAUUAUUGGUGAAUCUUAUUAUUCAAGUUUUCAAGUUUCAAAUGAAAAGAAUACAUUAGAACGUAUUACACAAAAAGAAAUUGAUGAUAGAUUAAACAAUUUGGUUGAAUUGAAUCAAAAUGAUGCAGAUAAUAGAAAUUUAGAUCAAAAUAAUACAGCACAAAAAUUAACACAAGAAGAUAUCAAUGAAAUGAAACAAAAAGGUACAGACUCAAAUACAAUCAUUAAAACAAUCGUUGAAAAUAGUGAAAGUUUUAAAACUAAAACUUCAUUCUCACAAAUUAAAUAUUUAAAAAAGAAAAUUAAAAAAUAUUCAACAAUCGUUAAAAUUAUUAAACCAACUUUAAAAUCAUUAACUGAAGCAUAUUAUAAAAAAGAUUCAAGAAAAAUUUGUGGUCUUAGAUUUGAUUCAUUUGGACAAUUAUUAACAUUAGGUAAUAUUAGAGCAAAUAGUCAAGUAUUAGUAGUUGAAACAUGUAUGGGAUUAGUUACUGGAUCAAUUGCAGAGAGAAUGAAUGGUCAAGGAACAAUUCUAUCAGCAUAUAUUGGUAAAGGACCAUCACUAUCAAUUGUUAAUAAUUUUGGUUUCAAUACAGAUGUUUUAAAUACAAUUUAUCCAUUCAAUUUAAAUAUUACAAGUGUUUUAAAUAAAGGUGAAGAUAUCAGUAAAUUACCACCAACAGCAUCAUCUGGUAUUUAUGAUAAACAAGUUAAAGAAAAAGAAAAAGAAAAAGAAAAAGAUGAAAAUGUAAAAGAUGAAAAAGAAAGUGGUGAAGAAGCAAAAACUAUUAUAAAUCAAAGAAAUGAUACAUCAAAUGAAAAUAUUGUAAAAUUAUUAAAGGAUGGUGGUGUUUGGUCAUUGGUUAUUGUUACAAAGUAUUCACCAUUAAAUAUUUUAUUAUCAUGUUGGCCAUAUUUAAAUUCAUCAGGUAGUUUUGUAAUUUAUUCACAGUUCCCACAACCAUUGAUGGAAGUUCAUCAAUUCCUUCAUAAGAAUCAAAUGGCUGUAAAUCAACAAAUCUCUGAAAUUUGGAUGAGAGAACAUCAAGUACUACCAAAAAGAACUCAUCCAAUGAUGGGUAUGGAUGGUGCAAGUGGUUUCAUUUUAUAUGGUACUAAAGUUACAAAACCAAUUCAAAAAUCAACUACAACUACCACAACUACUACCACCACCACCACUAAUAACUCAAUCAAUCCAACUAAAACCACUGCUUCAUUAGAUAUUGAAAAUAAAGUUAUAGAUGCAACUACAUCAUCAUCAUCAUCAUCAACAGCAGCAGCAACAACAACUGAAGAAGAUAAAGAAGAUAGUGAAUCAGCAUUAAAGAAAAGAAAAAUUGAUGAAUAA